CUCAAUCCAUUGCAAGAGUUUUCUCAUCACUUAAGAAACAAUUUUAUUUAGAGAACUUUUUCUAGACCAAAAAAAUGACAAGUUUUGGUCUUCUUUCAGCUGUUUUUCUUUUGGUUUUGCAAGCAGCACUUGUUGCAAUAUCUGCUUUUGAUCCCAGCCCACUUCAAGACUUUUGCGUUGCAGUUGAUGAACCAGAUUCUGCUGUGUUUGUGAAUGGGAAGUUCUGCAAGGACCCAAAGCUUGUGAAAGCUGAAGAUUUUUUCUUCCGGGGGCUCAACAUUCCUGGAAACACAAUGAACAAACAGGGCUCCAAUGUGACUCUAGUAAAUGUUGACAAACUCCCUGGACUCAACACUCUUGGCAUCUCUUUGGCUCGAAUCGACUACGCUCCCUACGGGCUUAACCCUCCCCACACCCACCCUCGAGCCACUGAAAUUCUCGUUGUCAUCGAAGGCACUCUCCUCGUCGGUUUUGUAACCUCCAACCCCAACAAACUCUUCACCAAAGUGCUUCACAAAGGAGAUGUGUUUGUGUUUCCCAUUGGUCUCAUCCACUUCCAGUUCAAUGUUGGUCACGGCCCAGCUCUUGCCUUCGCUGGACUCAGCAGCCAAAACCCAGGUGUUAUCACCAUUGCUAAUGCUGUGUUUGGAUCUGAUCCUCCGAUCUCCCUCGAUGUUCUCAUGAAGGCCUUCCAAGUCGACAAAAAAGUCAUUGACGCUCUCCAGAUGCAAUUUAAAGCUUGAGUCCAGAAAAGUUAGAUAUUUAUACAUCUUGUAAUUUCGUUUCGUAGGAUGACGAAAUGCUAUUUCAAUAUAAGAAAUCGAUGUUUUUGAAUAAUGCACGUAUGAUCUAUAAAAGUUGGGAAUCUAUAUGUGUUUAUGUUUA